AGUCAGGACUGGGCCUUAGGCAAGCCUUUUCCGCGCUCUCUAGCCACCGGGGCCUCCAGUGCUGGCCAGAGCAGCCUGGAGAAUCUUCGGCAGAGUACAAACCCUACCUCAGGAACCCAGGUCCCCCACACGAAAUGCUUCAAAUCUGGCCCCUACAUCAUUAUCGGUUUAGCUAAUGACGCGGACCGUGAUAACCACACGUCUCACCAAGCGACCGAAAACUUAAAACUUCUUGGCUUCGAGCUCGUCGAGUCUCCGGAGCAAAAAUCGGCUCGAACGAUCCUUGCCCGGCGAGUAGACGAGUACAUCUUAAAAAAGACCAACGACGACCUCCUGACUGAAAUCCAGGAAAAGAAUGAUACACAGAUUGACGAACUACUCAUCAUCCCAAAAGUCCAUAUGCUGAAGAUUAAACUACGCUCAAAACAACAGGCCGAACUUUUAAAAAACAAAGGCAUUAAGCUAUUUUCUCAAAUAGUGCCCUCAUACAAUAUUAACAUAGAAGAAUACCUCCCAGUCACCCAGUGCUACAAGUGUUAUCAAUUCAGCCACCGCACAAACCAGUGCAAAGAAACAGAACAAGUGUGCUCCAAGUGUGCAGCUAGGGGCCACGAUUAUAGGAAUUGCCAGGCCUCCACCAUAAAAUGCGCGAAUUGCAACGGCGAACACACUGCCGUUUCCUUUAAAUGCCAAAUAAAACGCGCUCACCAAAAACAACAAAACUCACCACAGACCACUCCUCAGCCAACCACUUCCUACGCCCAAGCCACCACACCCUACUCUCUCACACCAAAAAAUACAAACACAAACACCGAGAAACUUCUGCUUGCAGAAAUUAUAAUAAAAUAUUCAAUCCAAACCUCAUUUGGUGAUCUAAAAAAACAGGCAGAAACAAUGAACUCCUUGCUUGAGUACAAUGGCUGCCCCACAAUAAAACUUCCACCACACUUCCACCAGACAAACCAAGAACACUUCAAACAAAACUACCCAGAACAAAAUGAGGAAACACACGCCCCAACACUCACACUCCAAGAACCUGAACACACCACACCUAAUAACGCUAGUCCCCCUUCACCUGGGGAAUUGGUUAUUGAAGAGGACUCAGCUUGUGGGGAAUCGCAGCCCCAAAAGCCCUCUCCACCACGAUCUACCUCUACCUCUACCACCACUACUGCCAACACCACUAACACCACAAAAAAGACUGAAACAAAGCGACACCUAGCGACAGUGCCCCAACCCUCCCCCCCCUCUACACGAACCGCGUCGAGGGGUACGCACCAUGACGGCGUAGCUCUCAUGGUAAAAUGUACCAUCAAACACAUACACAUAACCAACUGGCCCUCAGCCCACUUCCUGGCCACCAAGAUCGAAACACAACAUGGGCAAUUUCUCAUUGCCACCACAUACAGCAGACCAAAAACUGGGCUCCCACUCACCAGCCUCAACAAUCUUUUCAAUCACACAAAUAUCCCGGUCUACAUACUUGCAGACCUAAACGCCAAACACACCGCCUUCAAACACUCAAACAACAACCAACACGGACACGAACUCCUUCAACUAACACAACUGAAACGCCUCCGUUUCCUUGGACCUGACUUCCCCACAUGCUUUACGCACAAUGGGAAUGGCAGGCCAGAUCUCAUCCUCUCCAAUCGGCAAUCCCUACUUUUCCACCACUAUAUCUCCCAUGGACCACUCUGUGGUUCUGACCACGUUCCCCUAAUCCUCAAAAUAUCCUCCAAUCCCAUAUCCACCCCAUCCCCACCUGUCUCCGACUACCGCUCCGCCGACUGGGAGAGCUUCAAGAAAACACUCACAGACUUACACCGACCAACACAGCUCGAAGGCCAACCCUACACAGACAUAGACAGUGCCUUAGAGACGUUACACAACAAUAUUCUGACAUCAGCCAACAGACACAUACCAACAAAACAACAUAUAAUUCAUAUAGACUUCCGACCUUCCAUUAGAACACAAAGGCUGCUAGUGUGCUACAGAACACGCUUUUUAAAAAACAAGCACAACCACACACCUAUCUACGGAGAUCUUUGCACCCUUCGUACACACAUAACAAAUAGCCUACAGGAAGAUCACAGCGCUCACUGGAGGAAUCUAGUCUCCCAUAUGGACAGAACCCGCUGCAGUAAUCCUACACAGUUCUGGCACAUGGUGUACAGGCUGAGGGGAUGCCAGCGGGAAAGAUUCGAGUACCUCCUAGUGAACGGGGAUCGCAUCACAAACCCAGAACAAGUCACCAGCAUCUUCAAGACACACUGGCACAAUACUUUCCAACCACACCCUCUCCCACUCCACGAGCCCAGUAUUGCCCACAUAAACAACAUCAUCGAUCGUGCACGCCACAACCUAGCAAACACGAUUCCACAUAACACUAUACAAAAAAUACGCCUCAACCCCCAACACCCUCUCACCACACCUAUUGAGGAGGAUGAUGUCGCCAGGUUGCUCAGGCAUACUCCGCGGCGAGCCCCUGGCCCCUCAGGAGUCACCUGGCCCAUGGUGCGGAACCUUCCCCAAGAAACUAUAUCCAGCCUGACGGAGAUUUUCAACGCCUGCCUUGCCUCUGGAUACUUUCCUAAGGCAUUCAAAAUUUCAAACAUCACCCUCAUUGCUAAGCCCGGAAAAAACUCCCACUUACCAGAAAACUAUCGCCCCAUUAGCCUCCUUGAAAUUCUCGGAAAAACCUUUGAACGCCUCAUCAAUUUAAGAUUGAGAGCAUUCCUCGAAGGUAACGAGCUGCUGGCACCACAGCAGUUCGGCUUCCGGAGGAACGCCUCAACCGAGGACGCUCUAAACAGCAUAGUUGCAUACUUAAAUUUCAAUAAGCCCUAUUUCAGAGCAGCCCUUGUAACAAAAGAUGUCAAAAAAGCAUUUGACACUGUUCUCAAGGGGACACCAGACCACUUUCAGAUGAAAGAGGAUAGCACGAACCGCACUUCUCCCACUGACGCCACGGCAAUGGGGCCCCCGGCCGUUGGCAUGACGUUCCGAGGUAGUUUGGUGCGGCCAGAGCUGGGUAGUAAGGUAGUCAAGAGAUGCCCUGGUAGCAGAAGGUUCUCCCAGCUCCUACCUCCCAGCCGCAGCCAGCCAACCAGCAGCCAGCUCCGAAGGAAGAAGGUCCGCCCUACACCGAGCCGCCGAGUCACAAGCUCCGCCUACCGGGUCCGGAAAGAACCAAUAGUCACCCAGCACCGCUCCCGCUCUCACUCCUGCGUCUUUUAA